AAUGUCCGCCGAAAAGAUUCUCGCCUGUCCAAUCAUUUCGAUCAACGCCCGCGUGUGGCGCUUUUGGUCGUUUUUCCUGAAGCAUGACUACAUGCGGUACAUCAGCAUCAUCCCGGUUACUGCGAUGACCGUGUUGAUGUUUACGGAUUUGUACCGUGCGUGGGGAAACAUUGGCGAAGUGAUUAUCAACGGCUACUUUGCUGUACUUUAUUUCAACGCUGUGCUGCGAGUGCUGAUCAUUGUUCGCUACCACGAGGAGUACGAGUCGUUCUUGGAGAAAAUCUCUGACAUUUACGAGGAAAUCAACUCAAUGCCGGAUGAAAGAAUCAAGGAAAUGGUUCAACUUUUCACGAAACGCGCUCGUAUGAUGUCAAUAUCGAAUCUAGCGUUGGGUGCUUUUAUCAGCGCUUGCUUUGUGGUUUAUCCAUUAUUUACCGGCGAGCGUCGACUUCCGUACGGGAUGCACAUUCCCGGCGUGAAUAAAUUCGAAUCGCCUUUGUAUGAAAUCCUGUACGUGAUGCAAGCUGUGCUCACCUUUCCGGGCUGUUGUAUGUACAUUCCGUUUACGAGCUUCUUUGCCUCGACGUCGCUGUUCGGAUUGAUUCAGAUCAAAUCACUGCAGCAUCGGUUGGAAAACUUCAAGCGACAUGGCAGUGGGAAAUCCAAUAAAGAACAACGCUCGCAGCUGGAAGCCAUCAUCAGUGACCAUCAGAGGGUGAUUGCCUAUGUCGGCGAGCUGAAUGGUUUGGUGACUUACAUUUGUCUGGUGGAGUUUUUAUCGUUCGGAAUGAUGCUGUGCGCUUUGCUCUUUUUGCUUGUCAUAAUUGACCACUACGCUCAGCUCGUUAUCGUCGUGUCGUAUAUUUUUAUGAUAAUCUCGCAGAUUUUUGCUUUCUAUUGGCAUGCCAAUGAGGUCCGCGAAGAAAGUAUGGCGAUUGGUGAGGCUGCUUACAGUGGUGCAUGGAUUGAUAUGGAUCAAGCGAGUAAGAAGAAGCUUUUGCUGGUCAUUCUUCGUUCGCAGGUUCCACUAGAAAUAUCCGUCGGUAAUGUUUAUCCCAUGACAUUGGAAAUGUUUCAAUCAUUGUUGAAUGCUUCUUAUUCAUAUUUUACUCUACUGAAACGUGUGUAUGGUUAA